AUGAAGACGCUCAUUUGCAUAAUUGAUUGACUCGGAUACGGGGAAAAUGGUGGAAAACGUUCAUGAGAAGUUUCAUCAAGAAGUUUUCAGACUUUUUUGCGCAUCUAGUGUAUGAUAUUACAGUGACCGUUAUGUUCAGUCAUUUUAGCCACUUAUGCAUUACAUUUUAACGGAGAAAGAUGCUUCUUUACGUCGAGAGCAGUGCUUUUGUGGUGCACACAUUCGUGUUGCAAUGCAGUGCACUAGAUACCCUGGCUCGCAUCAGAGCCAAGCUUCUGCACAUCCUGUAUGUGAUGGGUCGGGAAGAUCAUCAGUUCAGGAUCCGCUUCAAAGGACAGUAUCUGAGGGAUGCCUACACGCUGGAUGAUUACCGCAUCGCAGACAGGUGCAUCCUGAAGAUGGUUCCUAUGGCCAAGAGACAAGAAUCCUUUGUUAAUAUGAGAACCAAAGGCAGACAUGACUUGGGAGCUGGACAGACUGAAGAGAUCAAGACUAGUCUUAUUCACGAGGUUGCUAUGCUUAAGUGGAGAGAGACAAUGUUGGGUGAUUUCAGGGCCUCUAUCUACAUAAACUGGUUAUUUGUCCUUUUUGCAUUCUUCACGACCUACUGGUAUUCUGCGCUAUGGACGGGAGUGAUCGCCCUCUAUGGUCUGAUCCAAUGUCCGUCAUACUCGCAUAAAGCUGGCUUCGUUGGACCCUCCAGUCUCUGGCCCAGAUACUUCAUAGCAAUCUUCAAUGUGCUGACGAUGUUAAACUGGGGAGCCUCUGUAGCGUUGGCCAUUCUUUCACUUCUAUCUGUCCUGAACUUUGACUGCACUCCGAUCGAUGACGACGAUGAUACAUGCAGUCUCCUGUAUGUGAACAUCAUCUAUUCUCUGGUCUUCUACGGUCUCCACAUCAUCUACAUGUUUGGGAUCUGGUCGGCAGGAUGGUCCCUCUUCUACAACUUCCGCUUCGAGGUCGGCGACUACCUGGAGAAGGAGCUCGUCAUCAGCCGUGAUGUUGAGAAGGUCAUCGAGAUUGCCAAGAAUGGAAGGUUGAAGGAGCAGCGGCAGGCUGCCUUUGAAUUGGCAACACUCGCCACAGCCGGAGAUGAUAGCAAGUUCAGGAUUGUGGCAGAAGGAGGGUUAGAGGUUCUGAUCACGCUUGGAUUGUCAUCCGAUGAAGCCAUUCAGGAGUAUGCCACCGAGGCCUUGGCUGAGCUUCUUAUUGUCCCUGCUAUCCAGGACCAAUUUGUAGAGAGUGGUGGCAUACGAACUCUCACCACCCUCCUCCAUUCACGCAACACUCGUCUGGUCCAAGAAGCGAUCACCGCUCUAUCCUACAUCGUCUCAGACUCGGAAGACAACAAGCAUGCUGUGAUCUCAGACCGUGGCCUGGAGGACCUGGCCCAUGCAGCUAGGACUGGAUCCGAUACGACCAGGCGAUAUGUGGCCGGGAUCUUCUUGGACCUGGCCUUUAGUGCAGAGAUAAGAAGCCAGAUGGCUAGCAUGAUCACUCCAACUGGUGCCCUUGUGUCACUGUGUACCAGCCAAGAUAAUGAGACUCUGCGUCUCGCUCUCCAGACCUUGGAACUCAUCGCUAUAGAGAGCUCUGAAGUCAUUCUGGAACAGGAGGAUCUGUUGCCGAAUCUGUUGAACAUUACCAGCAACAGCUUGGACGCUGGUAUCUACCUCCUGGCAGGCAAGAUCCUACUCUACUUUGCUGAGAACGUUGAGUCUUGUGAUAAUCUGCUCUCUCAAGAGAGUCUAACCAACACACUGACUCAGUUUGUACAAACCAAGGAACCAACGCUACAGAAGGUUGUCACCAAGAUCAUCAUGUCUGCUACAGAAGAGAGAAACUUAGCACUGAAAGUGAAAGACCUUCAGCUGGAUGAGAUCCUGGUCUUGAUGCGUGAUAACAGCGGAGACCGCGAUGCUUGGAACAUGGCUGAUCAGGGUAUAGCCAUCUUCCAGGACCCCACCUACCCUGACAACGUGAUCAACAGGAUGGAGCAGGCCACUACGUCAUCGGACCACAGCGGGUCCAGCAUGGACGUACGCAAGGUGACGGCCCUCAACUGGGCCAGCCCCGAGGAGAGAAAGGCAGCGUUGGCGUCUCCCGCUCCGGCGUACAACGAGGAAGACAUGGAUGUGCGGAAGGUGACGGUGCCCUCGUGGGCCAGUGAGGAGGAGAGGAAGAUGGCGCUGGGUUCCGCGAGCUCGCUGCAGAAGGGCGGGGCGAUGGGUGGGGUCGAUGAUAUGCCCGGUUCUGCGGGAUCACUGAGAGCUCGCCAUAAGGAAAAGAAAUAGGUGUCUGCACAAGCUCUGUCAUUACAUACUAUGUAAUUAAGAAUGCCACAGAUAUAACUCUGAAAGACUCUCUUGCUGAGAUCAAACUAGGGCAUCGAUUCAAUUUUCCGAGAACAAAUCAUUAAUCUUCUUUUUGUCAAUGUAGAUGUGUUUGUAUUAACCUGCAUACAGAUCAAUAGGUGAUUCAUUUCCUUCACAUAUUUUUUGUAAUAACUAAUUUAUUGUGGUCUUUGUAUCUGCCUAUCGAAGAUAAAAUUGCUGUGCCUUACUUUUAAGUUUCACCAACAGCAAGAUUCAGAAAUAUGCACAUAUUGUGGCUUAAUUUUCCUCCUUCUAUUAAAAUUCAAUGAACAAUUUGAAUUUAUAUCAACUCAAGCAAUGGAAAACAUGAACACCUUUGUCACUGAUUGAAACAUCUAUCCUAGGCAAUUUUUUUGUCUUGACAUCAAGAAAUCGUGUAUGUAUGAGAUGACUAUCAAACUAAAAUGUAUAGCGUUGUGUGUGUAAUGUGUGCUGUUUAUGUAACAUAGUUUUGUCUCACUUUUAUGUAGAAAGGUACAUUUAAAGAGUACUUUUAUUGAACCAUGUGAUUUCAUUCAUUCCUGAAAACAAUAUCAACCUUGAAAGUCUUGAUAUUAUAAUAAAAAUAUAUUAGGAUUUAUAAUGCAGAAUAGAAUCAAGAACAUCAACAAAAACUUGGAAUGUAUAAUUCCGAAAAUCUUUUGAAUUCAAAAUCUAUCAAAUGCUAUCCUGGCCGUCAGAAAAUUUUUACUGAAUGAAAAUUACAAAAUUGAUUGAAAUAUGGUCGAUUUAUUUCAUGUUUUUUACAUGUGUAAAUAAGUGUUAGUUUUGUGGUGUGUUUUGUAAUGUAAUAAAAUUCUAUACAGAGUUUUAUGAAAUCAAAUGUGCUGUCUGUAAAUCUCAAUGAAAUAAUAGAGCUGUAAAUAUCUUGAAAUCUUUAUAUUUAACGAUGGAAUCAUGUCUUUCAGGUGUGUAUAUGCUGUAGAUACCAUACUCGUUUAUUCUUAAAUGUCAAUGAAAAAAGCAACUCUGGGUACCCAUUAACAUCUGACAUAAUCAGAAUUUGAUUAGAUUUAAGAAGAAAUUGCGAUAGAGUUAGGGAAAGAGGCAUUAAACUGUGAGGCUAUUUGGUUUCAACAGUUUUUCUCUAUGCACUAAACAAAGCUUACCAGACCUGGUUUUACAGAACAUAAUCCUGGUGUUAUCACAACUUUCUUAUACGUAGAAUGUAAUACUAAAAGGUUUCUCCCAGCUAUUUUUAUACCUCUUUGUGUGUCCUGAUUGUUAUAUCACCAUGUCUUUCUUCAAGCCUUGAUUGACCUAUUUUCCGUCCAACUACAUUUUGUAUCAUACUUUGUACUAAAUUUUGAAAUUUGAGUAUAUAUAGAAUAAAUUAAUAAAAUCUCAUUUCAU